CUGCAGAUGCAGUAAAGAUCCUGACAUAGCAAACACGACAUGAGACCAAGUGUAACAGGGCAGAACACUGUCGUAAUUCGUCCAACACCUCCAACUCAAUCUAAGUCACCGGGAGACGACGGAGGUGGCUGGCGAUCUCAACGCCCUGUAGAUACGGAUAUGAACGUGCGGGGGAGGCCUGAAACCAUCAACCCUAGCAUCGCGAACCUCACCACUAAUCCUGUCGUCAAAGCAAAAGACUUUUUUUUGCGCAAGGUUAGGCCUUCCAUCAUGUUGAUCCUAUUUGUGGUUGCCUGUACAGAGGCUCGAUGGAGAUGAUUUGCGAGCCCACGCGACAUUGGUAUCUUGCGACACCCCAGCAGGGUCUAUUGUUCAAGACAAUUCGUAUCGAGGGGAUGAGAUGUGGUUUGGAAGGAUGUCGAGGAAGAAGUGGUAGGUUCAGGGCUUGCAUGUUUCAGAAUGCCACAGCCCGUAGAUCUUCCGAAGAGACAGGGUCUCUGACAUCACCGGACUGUCUUGGCAAAGUCCCAUCUUUCGCAAGCACUGCCAUUUUGAUGGUCAGCAGAUGCAAGACUCGACGAUCAAAGUCUUUCAUAAAAAAGGGAGGGGAGAUGGCAGAAGAGGUCAAAGAAAAUGGUUGUCUAUUCUGUACAACUAAACAAGGGGGUAUCCAUUGUCACCUACGCGCGCCCAAAGACAAUUCGCAAAGAAAACCUUGUCAAGCUCCAUCUGUUUCAAUCUGGAAAAAAAGCUUCCAGAAGGUUUGGUGGACAUUUUCGUGUCUAACAAACAGAGACAUGGAAGCUUUCUUCUGAAACCACUUCCCAAACCUAAUAAAACGCCGUGUGUUGCAUUUUGCGCUGUCGCUGCCACGACACCUGUGCUGUAUUUGAUCUUUG